AUGAUUCACACGAGACAUACAUCAAAUUUUGCAGAUGCGGUUUACCAAAUUCUGAGGAAAUACGAUGGAAAAACCGUCAAUAUGGUUGUAGCGGGAGGAUCGCUGCUGAAAUUACUAGACAACGCCGAUUUAGCAGGGAUGAGCACUGCGGCGUGGCAUGUUUACUAUGCAGAUGAGCGGAUCUGCGAUAAUGUCAAUGAUCACAACCACUACCAGUCUCGUGUGUUCUUGCGACACGUUGAGGCGGAGGAAACACCACUGACGGAACGAAAUAUCCGCGUGUACGAAGGGCUUUUUGGCGAGCAAACAGUUGAUUUGGCACUGCUAGGUAUUGGCGAGGAUGGACACAUUGCCUCUCUGUUCCCGAACCACAAGAGCUUGGAUAGCCAGGAUUAUGUUUGCUAUGUCGGAGAUUCGCCCAAGCCUCCGCCAUGUCGCCUCACGUUGACCAUCAAAGCCUUGAACAAAAUCCAGAACUUGUACUUCUUCGUGCCAUCAAAGGAUGGUGUAAUUAAAGACGUGACACGUCCCCACGAAAGCAUAUUAUCGAGGAUGACCGGUGAUAUUACCGUGUUCCUGGCGAAGCACUAAAUAAAACUCAUUCUGUUCAA